CUAGACCCCAAUUAAGCAAUUGCAGCUCCCAUUCUGGUUCUUCUCCCCCCGAUCAGCAACAUCCUUUCCCUUUACCAAUUAUGGUUCUUCUCUCCCCGAUCUAGGUUUUUUACACCGAAGAGUCUCAUCGAUCAACCUCUCCCCGAUCUAGGUCAAGAAGACACUGUUGGUGGAGUUCUUCGAUCCGAUUUUACAAAGUAUACUGUUGUUGCAUGGAUUUCUGGUCAAGCAGAGGAGUGAAGGAGAAAUGGGUUCUGCACUCAGACGAGUUUGCCAUGAGAUCCACCAACCAAUCGUUCCUCGAAAGCGGCCUCUAUAAAACCCAACAAAAGGGAAAGAUUUGGGUUUUGAUUUGAUUGGGUUAAUGUUACGUUUCUGUUAAUUUGAUAGGGUUUUCAUAUUAUGUGAACUUUCACAGGUUUUAGUCUAAUUUUGGCUUUAUAAAUCAUCUAAAUGCUUUCGAUGUCAGGAUGCUGGUUUUGUACCAAAUGGAAUUGGGAGCAAAGGAAUCAACCUGUAAGCUUUUCUUUCCUUGCUGCACAUGGCUUCUAUUAUCUGAUGUCAGAAAAUGAGUGGUCCUGCCUGUCAAAGAUUCGAAGCCUCGUCUUUGUUGAGAUUGCAUCUUUUUGGAACUCGGAACUGAUUUUGGACAUUCCUCCACCGCCAAGCUUCGUGGCUAUCACAGUUGUUGGUGUCGAACCCAGAACCGUUUCCACCGCCAAGCCUUUUAAUAGAAGGCAUGAUCAUGGACUUUGCUUGGUCUUCAUUGUUCCACCGCUUUAUGAUCAAAGUGAAAGAGGGAAGAGAUAAAGCUUUAAUUAUACUUUGUUGUCUGACACAUGUUCAAGGCAAUUUACAGCAAACUUUGACAAUGAUUAACUUGAAUAUAUAUAUAUAUA